CAUCUCUGCUGGAGGACUUCCCGUCUGCCUUAUGGUUGUUAACUGACUCCGCCGUCUUCUUCUGUUUUCGCACAGUUUCAGGGAGGUUUAUCGUCAUUGUGCUGGAGCAGGGAGGAUGCCUGUGGAAAGGACGGAGCCCCGCGGAGCCGAAGAACUCCACAAAUAUUAUGAAGUCUAUGAGACGAUCGGCUCAGGAGGCUUUGCAAAAGUCAAGCUGGGUCGACACAUCCUGACAGGAGAGAAGGUUGCUAUUAAAAUCAUGAAUAAGAAAGAUCUUGGGGAUGACUUGCCGCGUGUGAAGGUGGAGAUCGAAGCAAUGAAGAAUCUGAGUCAUCAGCAUGUGUGUCGACUCUACCAGGUCAUAGAGACGUCCACCCAGAUAUUCAUUGUGCUCGAGUAUUGCCCAGGUGGGGAGUUGUUUGACUAUAUCAUAGCAAAGGAUCGCCUCUCAGAGGAGGAGACCAGGGUGUUUUUCAGGCAGAUUGUGUCUGCAAUGGCCUACGUCCACAGUCAAGGAUACGCGCAUAGAGACUUAAAACCGGAAAAUCUAUUGAUUGACGGAGACCAUAACUUGAAGCUGAUAGACUUUGGCUUGUGUGCCAAACCUAAGGGAGGUUUGGGUUAUGAGCUGAUGACGUGUUGUGGAAGCCCUGCAUAUGCUGCUCCUGAACUCAUCCAAGGAAAAGCAUAUAUUGGUUCAGAGGCAGAUGUAUGGAGUAUGGGAGUGCUGCUGUUCGCUCUGCUCUGUGGAUACCUGCCGUUUGAUGACGACAACUGCAUGGUUCUCUACAGGAAGAUUGCAAGAGGUAAAUAUGAUAACCCACGGUGGCUCUCUCCAGGUAGCAUCCUCCUUCUCAACCAGAUGAUGCAGGUGGACCCCAAGCGACGUGUGACUGUCAAGCAGCUGCUGGACCAUCCCUGGGUGACGAAAGACUACAACAGCCCAGUCGAGUGGUACAGCAGGCAGCCGCUUGGCCACAUAGAUGAAGACUGUAUCACUGAGAUGGCAGUCAACAUGAAGCGAUCAAGAGAGAGCACCACAGCGCUGGUGAAGAAGUGGCGGUAUGACCACACAACAGCUACUUACCUGCUGCUGCUGUCAAAGAAGCAGAGGGGAAAGCCUGUCCGCCUGCGCCCUGAACCAGCUGUCUGCGAGGACUCCUGUUCUCCUCUGCACCAGGGACUACAGUCAAGGGAAGUCCUCCACUUUAGUGAGGAUGAAGACGCUGUGAUUGUGGGUUCUCUGGACUUUUGCUCGGACUACAUUGACGAUUGUCCGUGGGUUUCAGUCCCACAGUACACACCCCAGCGGGUCAGAGGUCAGCCAGAUGGAACCACAAACAAAGACAUGAGGUUGCUGUCACCGUCAGUGGAAAAAAAAUCUGCUCACAGCACGACCCCAGAGAGGGGCCGAACGGCGACGCCACAGCGCCAGGAGAGGAGGGAGCGAGACCAAGAACGAGCCAGUGAGAACAAGGAGAACACUGCUGACAUUUUCGCAUUGCCUCCCCCUCGAACUCCUGUAUCCAGCAAGAAGAACGCACGCCCCAACAAGAAUGUGUUGACCACACCCAAUCAAAAUGCUAAUGGAACCAAACCCAAUGUGGUCACGCCGAAAGGUGGUGACAGUGCAUCCAAGGAGCACAAUAAGAAGAGAGCAGAAGAAAACAAGGACUCUACAAACAUUGAAAUACUGGCCUUCAGUCCAGAGCGAAGGUCUCGGUCUCUGGACAUGGCUGUAACAGGAGACAGCGGGAAGAAGAAGCGAACUGGGAAGGUGUUUGGCUCACUGGAGAGAGGCCUGGAUAAGAUGAUUACCAUGCUGACCCCGAGUAAGAGACGGGCCCUGCGCGACGGCCCACGCAAGAUUAAGGUCCAGUAUAACGUGACUCUGACCAGUCAGACCAACCCAGACCAGGUCCUCAACCAGAUCCUCUCCAUCCUCCCAGAGAAAAACGUUGACUUCACACAGAAAGGGUAUUCUCUGAAGUGUCGGACCUGGGAUGACUUUGGGAAGGUGACCAUGGCGUUUGAGCUGGAGGUUUGCUUGCUUCAGAGGCCGGAGGUUGUUGGUGUGCGACGGCAGAGGCUGAAAGGAGACGCUUGGGUCUACAAACAUCUGGUGGAGGACAUCCUCUCCACGUCCAGUAUCUAAACAAGGCAUUUUCUUGGCAGUAGCACUAUCUGUUCUUAAGUCAGUAGGAACUGGCUUUUUUUUUUUUUUCUUUUUUCUCAGCAACAUGAUGUCUCUUUCCACAUCUAGGAAUUAAGAAUGACUGAUCAGUGAGUAAUGCAGGAAUCUAAACGUAGGUAGGAGUCUUUGCACUUUAAUGAUCGGUCUUUCAUUAUUCCUGUAGAAUAUUUAAACUGUCCUUAGGCCAGCUUACAGAUCUUAGAAUCUUACAUUAAAUUUAUGAGCAUUACGUGCUGGGAUUCUGUACAGUAUCGUUUUUUAUGUAGAAUAAUUUUUACUUCCCUAUUUCAUCAUUCUUAAGCUAAAUAUAAUUGCCGUCAGUCCUCUUGAGAUGAAUGUGUGAGUGGAUGAAAUGUAACACAACUAUUUACACCACACCUUCCAGCUGCUUGUUACCAUAUUUAUGUCUUGAUGUUGUUAUUCUACCCUGUAGGUGCAAAACUUGAUUGAAUAAAAUAAAGAAACAGAGCAUUACUAAUUUACUGUUAUUGUUUUUUUAUGUACAUGUGUUUACGGUGCUCUCAUCAUUAUGUUUUACAUGGCAGUAUGAAGUGUCUGUUUUGUAUUUCUUAUGUGUGUUUUUUUUUUUUUCUGGUUUUCAGUGUCACAUUGUGUCCGUAAGAUUUUUAUUGACGAUGUAAAAGAAGCACAAUAAAUGAAUUCUGUUUACGGAGACAGAUGAUGGAGAUGAA